AUGCCGACUUUCUCAAUGCACCUCCAAUAUGCCUUGAUCGUCGCCGUCAUCAUCAUCAGCAUUUGUUUCCUAAACUUUCUGCUUCAUCCAAAACAGCACGACGAAAGCCAAGAAAAAGCGACUGACGAAAGCCAAGAAAAAGCGACUGACGAAAGCCAGGAAAAAGCGACUGACGAAAGCCAGGAAAAAGCGACUGACGAAAGCCAGGAAAAAGCGACUCCUUCCAAAAUUCUUACCUGGCGUUUACUCAUAAGGCCACGCGACAACAAAAAGCCUUGUGGUUUGACAGUUAAAGCUCUUAAAUCUGCAUUGGAAACACGCUUCGGUGUUUCAGUGACAGAUUCGGACCUAUCGCUACAACCGCAACUUGAAGGAUACUGUGCGGUUCUUACUUUAAGAGCUCCCAAACCAAUCUUUGAAGACGGGAAAGAUUUUGAGUUGCAGCUUGGUCCUAUUGAAAAUGAUCAGAUAUAUCUCGAGUGGGUACCCAUCCAGACAAACUGCAUUAGCCAUUCUAAUCCAGACUUGUCAAGUGUUACCCCGGACAAGGAAUUCGAGGGCAUAACCACUCUGUAUGAUAAGCCAGAUGGUGAAAACGCUGUUGAUUUAAUCGUGUGUCCUGGCCUGGCAGGCCAUGCUUGGGCAUCUUUCACACAUCAGGACAGACCCGGAGAGAACUGGUUGAGGGACUACCUUCCCAUGAAGUCGCCUAAUAUUCGAGUGCUAGUCUACGGAUAUCCCAUCGAGAUAGCUAAAGGUGUGAGGAAGCUGUCCAUUAAUGAUAUUGCUAGAGGUUUCUUGGAGUCGGUAGUGUUCUUUCGCAGAAACUCUCCACCGAAUCGCCCAAUCAUUUUUCUCGGUCAUAGUCUAGGAGGUCUAGUGGUCAAAGAGGCAUUAGUAAUCGCCACGCAUCAGGGAAGCAAAGAUACCGCGAAAGCCAUACUUGAGGCCUGCUAUGGUCUUAUUUUCUUUGGCGUGCCAAAUCUUGGCCUGCGACACGACCAAUUACUGGCUAUGGCCGAACUCACGGGAAGCGAGAACCUGAUAAGGGAAAUUGUUGUUGACCGUGAUUCGGAACCAUCUUCGACACUCAAAGCAUUGGGAAGCAACUUCUACGCUCUCUGCAGAGACCGACAUUUCCACGUAGAUUCGUACUAUGAGCGAGACAAGAGUCCUACUGCCGAGGAAUCGAAAUCGAAACCCGGAGAAUGGAAGAGGACUGGUCCGAAGAUGUUGAUGGUUACCGAGGAAUCUGCAACGAAAAUCGACGGUAAAGAUGAUUGGAAUAGGCACAGCCCACUCUUGACUGAUCACUCCGGUCUCGUCAAAUUUCGAGGCCCAAGUGACCCCAAGUAUUCAAAUCAAGUGGAGCCACGGUUCAAGGAGAUGGUGGAGAAAGCACCAGCUGUAGUCCAUGCACGUUUUACUGGCGUGACUGAGCUUCUCAGUGACCAAAAGAAAAAGUUGAUCAGCCUCACUGAUAUGCCGCUCGAUGAAGUUCGAUCCAGACGAAUAAUUGAGCCCUGUCCAGGCACAGGAGAUUGGUUUCUUACCGGCGAAAGUUUCAAAUCAUGGCGAGAUGCGCGAAGAAGUUCCUUGCUUUGGAUUGAAGGAUCUCCGGGGCAAGGCAAGUCGACAUUGGCAAAGAUCGCGCUCAAGCAUUUAGAAAACGGGUUUCCGGGAAGAAAUUGCGCUGUGAUCUACUUUUUCUGUUUUCAACAGGAAGAAAAGCUCAGGCGAGCCACCGACAUCCUUCGAGCGCUCAUCAUCCAGCUUAUUGAUUGCCAAGAGCUAUUCCAGUGUUUACCGACUAAAUACAUAGAGGACGACUCCAAGUUCUCUACCGCGCCCCUUGCAAAUCUUUGGGAUUUGUUCCAGAAGCUUGCAUCCAAAUUUGGAGAUCGGUGUAUCUAUUGCGUUAUCGAUGCUCUCGAUGAAUGUAGUAAGGACAAUGAACAACGGUCCGAGCUUGUUCGCAAUAUCGCGGACCUGGUGUCAACGGAGCGAAUGCAUGUCAAGUUCCUACUAACAAGCCGACCUGGGGAGCAAGACAUCAAUGCAGGGUUACAGAAAUUCCCUACUCUGGAAUUACAAGCUCGCAUAGAAGACUUGAAGGCUGUCAUCAAUUCAGAAGUCGAGAAGCUUCCGAGCCAUUCCUUUGACGAUGAGCGCAAGAAAGAAAUCGAAAAGGAGUUGCUUGCACAGGCAGGGACAACAUUUCUAUGGGUGUCGAUUGUCAUCAAACAAAUCACUGGCCUCAAAUUCCCAAGCAUGCGUGAGGUACGAAGGAUCUUUGCGGAAAACCCAAAAGAUUUGGAUGAGCUAUACGAAAAGCUCUUCUCCCGCAUAGUCGCCACCGAUACGCCUCAAAAAACAUGCGAAAAGCUGUUGUAUUGGGUAGCAUAUUCGGAACGACCGCUCAGUGUUGAAGAACUUGACGAUGCAAUAAUGUGCGAUCCGGAACUCGGCGAAUACAAGACAUUGUCAGAAAGGGACGAUGAUCGAAGAUCAAUCAACAGUCAGAUGAUUCGUGAACAUCUCGGGACUCUUUUGAAAGUUGAAAAGACACCCUUCGUUGGUCAAGAAUUCGUCUACCUCAAUCAUCAAUCGGUGUAUGAUUAUUUUCGGGGAAUUCGAGCCAAAGCUUUCAACGGUGAAAUUGAUCUUUACUUUGCAAGAACUUGCAUUUGGUAUCUCAACGCUGAAGAGUUUGACGCCAAAUCCGAGUGGAAGCGGAUCCAGAAUCUAUUAGAUUGCGAGCAGUCAUUGCUUGAGAUCUGGGCCGGUGGUCUUGAGAUCUGGGCCGCUGGUCUCCUAUAUCCCAACGUGCUAACUGGGCUCGCUGUCUAUGCGGACAUUCCCUGGCUUACGGAGCUGAUUCUUUCUGGUGAUUUCGGAGCGGCGAAGUUCGAAGAAGGUCAAAUUGGCCAAAUGUUCGUGAAGGCCCCAAAAUCAUUCCAGUGCAUUUUGCGUGUCCAUGGAGGGAAGAUUUCUGCAUCAAGCAACAUGAUGAAUGCAGUGGCAAGGUGGUCUUCACGCAUUCAGUGGACGGAUAUGCUGUCAGACAUUGGGGCCUCAGAUAUCAAAAUCACAGAAGCUUUGAUGGUGGCUGCGGCGGAAAACUGCGAUGAGAGUGUUUUACGACUAUUUCUAACUGACAGAGGAAACCAUAUCAAAAUCACAGAACGAGUUCUUAUCUCUGCGGCAAGAAUCCGGAAUGAAUGGACGAUGCGACUGCUUCUGAGAGACAGGAGAAAGGAAGUCAAGAUCACAGAACAAAUUCUUAUCUCUGCGGCAUCGAACUUGGAUAAAGGCGUGAUGCGACUGCUUCUGACAGACAGAGGAAACGAUAUCAAGAUCACAGAACAAGUUCUUAUCUGUGCGGCAACGAACUUGGAUGAAGGCGUGAUGCGACUAUUUCUAACUGACAGAGGAAACCAUAUCAAAAUCACAGAACGAGUUCUUGUCUCUGCGGCAUCGAACCCGAAUGAAGGCGUGAUGCGACUGCUUCUGACAGACAGAGGAAACGAUAUCAAGAUCACAGAACAAGUUCUUAUCUCUGCGGUAAGGAACUUGGAUGAAGGCGUGAUGCGACUGCUUCUGAUAGACAGGAGAAACGAAGUCAAGAUCACAGAACGAAUUCUUUUUUAUGCGGCACAGACGAGUCUAUCAAUGAUGACAAUUUUGAUAGAUCAUAGAGGUUCAGCGAUCCGGAUUACUGAAACGCUUGUCAAAGCUGCGUUUGCCGAUCACAGAAUUUCAAAUUUCCUGCUGGAAAGGCAAAGUCGAUAUUCUCCAGUUAGGAAAGGCCGGAGUUCAAGGUCUCUUGCCCUGGUAGACCAUGGAAAGACGAAGACUACCGUAGAGAGGAUGAAAAAGGAGACACUACAGGCACCGAAUCUUGAGGUGGAACCCUCUCUACGAUGGGGAGAAACCCCUGCGACUAUAGCUCAUACGAGGGUGAAGAAAAGCCUCAGCUAG